UUAAUCAACGUUUACAACUGAGUAACAAAUAAAGAUUAUUAUCUACUCAUAAAAUACUUUAGCCAAUGUAGCAUUUCGUGUUAUUAAUCUCUACUUUACAUAUUUUUAGCGUUAUUACGUGUCAAAAUAGUAUUUAAGGACCCAAAUAUUAUCAAAAAAAGUGACAAGUGAAAAGUUGCAAAGUUGUUUUAUGAAAUAGGCACCUGGUUUGAUGGUCUUUUAAAUCUACUCAUUGAUUUGAUUGCAUAUAGGCAAAACUAAUGAGCUCAUUUUUGUGUACCUACUUUUAGAGGAGAUCUUUCGAAUCAUCAUACUGACUAGUGUUUCACAAAUCAACCUUUCGUUUUGCUUGAUGACUUUUAGAGCAGUUGUAUUUUUUAGCUUGUGGGCAACACAGAAACAAAAAAAAAGCAUAUUAGCCAGGUAAGUGAGUUUUUACUGGUGAUGGGAGAAGUUGGCUGGCGGGCCGUUAAAUGACAUUUAUUUGCUACUGCCAAUGUCAACAUUGGUAAAGUUCUCUCUCUCACUCAUAUACCUAAUGCUUAUUGGGUUUCUUUCUAGCUUAUUAUAAGUGACACCCACAAUAAUUUUUUUUCAUACCUGUAUACUUAUAUCCAUUUUGUACUAUUUUAACGCCAUCUUUUGGAAAACUUCGGUUUUUAAGUUGUACUCGUGAUAUUAAAUUCGCGCGUAUGAUAUGUACACGUCAAUAGACGUCAGCACUAUUCUCUCUUGGCUAGCUGCGCGCUCACCUAUUUAUAUCAAACUAAACCGGAACCAACGAAACUUUGGACGCUGGCGUCUAUUUUAAACCAACAGCAAAGUAGAAGCUUUCGUUUCUAAUGCAAUUUUAGUUUCGCUAAAAGGGAACCGCUAUAUUUUUUAGGUUCGCUGCUAUGGUAACAACCCAUGUGGUUUAGAUGCGUUCGUUUAUCGUUUACAGGCCGGAGCUCCCGAAGCUCGUUGUUGCGAAAUACGUUCAGAUGCAAAAGUUAUUUUUUAGUAAAUAAAACCAUAGUGUAAAGAAUAAUAAACGAGAAGGUUUGAUUUCUUUAUACCGUGCUUUGGUCAUAAAAAUUCAGACUGGUUAUAAAUAGGCACUUUUUUUGUUUACAAUACAAAAAUACCUUUUUCGGUCACUUUCGUUCCUGUACGGGUGAAUACAUGUCCGAAUGACGAAACCAAAAAAUUAACAUAUUAUUAUAAGCUUCCGCUUUGCGCUAAAGAAUCGCAUACAAUUUUCAAAAGUGGAAUUUUUCGUCAUUCGGCUCACAUUUAGAAACAAGUCUUUUAAUCCGGGUCAUAUUCAAUAGCAGUGACCCUUGAACUCGUAUAAAUCGAUUGGCGAAGUAUUGACACCGCUGUCUCUUAUCAUUCUCGAGUAAGACGAGGAACAGACGCACGGAUAAAACCGUCACAUCAGGGAGAUUUUCCGAAAAAAAAUUUCUGAACAAAAUAAGGAUUGGCAUAAAAAGCUUACAAUCGUUUGGGAGAGUGUCUAUCGCGUACAUACACCGGGUUGGAAAAAAGUUUAAUUAUAAUGUGUAAUGGCUUCACUUCGCGUUCACCCAUUGAGUCGCGACCGUAACGAUUUGACAGUAUUUAGUAGAUACACAUGUGAAUUAGUACAAUCAUUGAAUAAUAUUCAGAUUUAUUAUUCAAUGGUACAAUCUUUAUUGACCCAUGCUGUCUGCAAUUUUUUACAUUGGAACCCUAUAGCCGCCGUUCUUACACAAAAAGCUGUUAUCAAAGUUGUUUCCGUUUACUGUUAAAUAUAGUAUGUAGUUAAACAGUUAGGUACCUACAAGUCUGUAUUCAAUAGCCAUCAUUCAUACAGUUGAGGAAUCAUUAACGAUGUUGAACCGUUAAUGUUUGUAAAUAUGUGCAAGAUGAUUAACAUUUUAACAACCGAAAUGUCUCAUGUCUUGAAUUGGCCUCACUUAAACGUCAAAAAUAUUCAAAGGACCAGACCAUAGCUUUACCUAUAAUUAUAAAUUAAAUUGUGCAAUAGAAGUACCUAUUACAUACACAAAUGUACCGUUAGGUGUAACAGUAUUUUUAAACAUUGAUACAUUUACUUCUUUUUAUUUCAGCAAUUGAAGACAUUUAUUCAAAUUCGUACGUGUCACCGAAGUCGGAGGACGAAAGGUUAGGACCGGAUUCGUCGGAGUCGCGGGUUGAUGUUACAUCCGGCCCAAGUGAAAUUUAUGUAUCAGAAAGUAAAACAAUGACACAUUCCAGUGAAACUAAAUUACACACAACAACCAACCGUAGAAUAGAGAGAUCGGCGGAUCCAAUUUUAUCCCGACCUAGCGGAAUAGAAGAGUUGUUGUCAUCAAAAAAUGUUGCAGACAAUUUAGAUUCAAAUGAUGUAGAAUUUUCUGGUAGAAUUGCUCCGUUCAUUCAACCCUCGAAAACGCUAAAAGAAUACCAAAAAAUGUACUUGCAGCAAACCUCUAUUAGUGAAUUUUUCAAUUCGGGGGAAGUAGAAAGGGCUCCGCAGGCGAAAUCUCUUUCACUGACGGAGCCCUUGGAAAUGCAGCCCACUGCGACGACAACUCCGAAUUUUGCCACACAAUCAUUGCAGCCACCAAAACCCCGACAGGCUAGCGCAGAUAUUCAAGAUAUAAUAACGGGAAUCGUUAAAUUACUAAACGGUAACGUAAAUGUUCAAGCCAACACUUCGCCGCCGAUGGGCAGACCUUUGCGUCCAGUGAGUACAAGAAUUAACAACCGCGGACCACCGCGCAUAUCGGAUGUUCCCAUUUUACCACCAGAUUUUGAUGCCGGCACACCACAACUACCCCUUCCUCCUUUAGGACCUGUACCACCCCCAGUGGGGCCAACAAAGGUUCCAACCCCCUACCCUUUUGAUUUUCCUCAAAACACCUCACCCAUUCGACCUCAUAUUUCACUCUUAGAACAAAUGAAUAGGCCCGGUAUGCACAGACCUUUAAUUCCCACGUGGAGCCGACCGAAUGGACCAUCAAAUGGCUCUCGCCGUCCAAUCAAUCCUUACCGAAGACCUAAACCUCCUUUUAAACCCAUACCUAUACAUAAACCGGACGAGGGAUCAACAACUUCGACAGAGAAACCAAAUGUCAACUCCGAUCCCGAAUUAGAAACUAACUUUCCAAGUGACGAUGGUGAUACAACAACUGAUCCUGACGGAGACGACUCACUUGAAAUGACGACACUAAUUUCUACUAACGACGCUGAAGAGUUGGACUACGAAAAAAAUAAAGAAAAAAGCAGUUCCAAAAUGGAAAAACAUACAACUAGACUCCAAAGUAGUAGUGAAGCAAUGAGCACGUUAUCAUCGAAUUCUUCUGCUGUUGAAACUUCAUCAUUAGCAACUGUCGAUCCUACAAAAGUGGCAAUGCCAAGUAUAACUUCUACCACAGAAACUAAUAUCACACUUACUGAGAACAACACGACUGAUUCAAUUACUUCAAUAGCGACACCAACCCUCGAAUCUUCCAUACAAGAAGUUUUACAAACUCUCAAAGACGAUCUUCUUUCUUCCUCCACUAUUAGUACAGAUUUAUCUCAAAUUUCUAUUUCCCCAACUCCAACCUUAGACCAAUUAGAAAAAUUUAAUGUCACCACAACGGCAACCCCGACUCUGCCUCUAGAAACUACAAAUACUACUAGCCAAAUACAACCGCUGCACUCAUACCGACCGAGACCUGGAAUUGUUCUGGAUGACACAGAGUACAAACCUGGUGGGAAUCGUCGACCUCCAAUUAUAACCGCCAGGCCGCAGUUGGGAGAUAUAUUCGAUAUUACGGUUUCCGCAAUUCAAGGACCGGGAGGAUCUCCGUCGAGAGGUCAGGGAAAGCCUUACGUUGUACCAGUGGACAUUGACGGUAUACAAACGGGCGAUGUUAUUACAAGCCCCGUAGGCAAUGAAGGCUUUGUAUCAAUUGAUGGAAAACGAACUUAUCUGAACUUAUUCGGCGAAUCAACAACGGAUGCAUCAACCGAUACUAUCAAUAUAUCUCCCACAACUAGCACACCGGUCAUCGGUACUGGCUUUGCAGUACCUCAAGUAGAUAUUCCAAAACAACCUGAACACAAAACAACCGUUCAGCCGAAGCCUACGCUAAGAAGACCACUAUAUGGAAGACGUCCCAGUCAGCCAUCAGUUAGAAUAGACACCUGUAUAGUUGGGGACGAUUCCACCUGCGACCGAACAAAUAAUGAGGUAUGCAAGACUGAGUUGGGUGUGAGCGCCUGUCACUGUAGUCCAGGACAUGCCAGAAGACAGCUACGUGAUCCCUGUAGAAAAAUUGUAUCCAUGGUGAUGUCGCUCAGAGUGGAUCGUUUGUAUGAAAGACGCGUGGUUUGGGUGUCCGAUUUGGGAAACAAAGGAAGUGAUAGUUAUCAACAGUUGUCAUAUGAAACUGAACGUGCCAUGGAAUCGGCCAUGUCCAUGACACCGUUUAGCGAUGAAUUUUUGGGUAUCAAAGUGAACAAUAUUUACAAGGGAGAUCGCUCAGCAAGUCAAAGUGGAGUGUAUGUCAACAUCACACUACAGCUUGAAGCAAAUGGAGAUACGUCACGGCCUACAGUACGAAACGAUAUUCAAAGACAUUUAUUGGGAGUAAUACAAAGACGAAGCAAUAACAUUGGAAAUAGCGCACUAUGGGUGGAUAGUCCACCUGGUUCCAUUUCUAGUCUUCAAGAUUUGGAUGAAUGUUCAUCUCCAGAACUUCACGACUGCCAUUCUCUAGCAGUUUGCAUCAACGUAUUUGGAGGAUUUAAAUGCGAGUGUAAUGAAGGUUUGAAAGAUCCAUGGGCGGAUCACAAACAUCAGGCGGGACGCCAUUGUGAACAAUGUUCUAGUCAGCACUGUAAUAAUAGAGGCGAAUGUAAAUAUCACAAUGGGCAGGAAGUUUGCACAUGCACGGGAAGUUAUUAUGGAUCUCAAUGCGAGGUCGAUGGAGAAAUUUUGGGGGUUGCUAUCGGUGCUAGUGUAGCGGCAGUAGUUAUUAUUGGUCUUACCUUGGCAUGCCUGAUUAUGUGGAGUCGUCGUUGGAGUAGAGAUCAAAAAGCAGGCGUCGGCAGUCCAGUGUUUGGUUACAUGACCAACCCAGGCAGUACGAUGAAAUCACCAGUUGUUGGCGGACCUUAUCAUGUGACGAUGGAAGACAGAAUACGAUGGGCGCAGAUAGCAGACGUGAUGGCUCAAUCCAACCAUUAUGCUGUAAGUUAAUAAUUGCUUAGUACU